GUCAGUGGUUGAUGACAAUGCACAUGUCACAAAAAAGAUGAAAAGUGUGCAAUGUCGGGAAGCGAACCGUGGGUUUCAAGGAAAUCAUUGAGCAAAUUCUGCGGCCGCGCAUCGUACAGCGGCAGAACGAGACGCGCGGGCGCCGGCAGCGGUCCGCUGCUGGCGCUGGCGCUACUCUCGCUCGCCACUCAUGGAUUGUUGAAUGUGGCGGAAGCAUCGCAGGUGGAUCGUAACACAAAACUUGAGGACGAGGAAGAAAGCGACAACGCUCCGUUUGCGGUGGUGGUGCAGCACGACAAUGAAGUGGGGUCGGCGUGGCACUGCGGCGGGUCGCUAGUGUCGGUGCGCAGCGCCCUGACGUCGCGCUGGUGCGCGCGCGGACGCGAACUAUGGGUGUUGGCGGCCGCUCUGCUUAGCGCGCAGCACGCGUAUGGCCAUGCGAACAACUUGCGGCGCCGCAUCGCGCGCGUCGUCUUCGCCAACGAACUCGGCGGUCUGUUGCCGGGAGAGAUGGACGACGCGUCUGUCGUGAUAGUGAAUGAUGCGUGGAGUGGGGCGACGUUGGACAUAGCUCUGCUGGAGAUGGAAACUCCGUUUGGCAGUCGAGCGAACGUGCGGCCCAUCCUGAUGGCGACGGCGUCAUCCGAUUGCGCCAUCCCCGGCCAGUGCCACGUGGCGGGCGUCGUGUCGCGCGGCAACAAGGCGCUGUUGCGCAUCGUCGACCUGGACAUGGUGCGCGGCGACAUCUGCUCCGACAUCGCCAGGCACUGGGCCGCCGUGCGCGAAUAUGUGCUCUGUCUCUCAGGCAAUGAACUCUGCCGAAGUGAUCGCGGGGCGGGCGUAGUGUGCAGCGGCAAGCUGUGUGGCGUCAUGUCGCGGUCUGCGCGCGCGGGCUUGGAGCUGGGUUCGGGCUGCGGUGACGUGCACGCUGCGCAGAGUCUACCGCGCUGGCGGCGCUUCGUGCAUUGCGCGCACAUCGCCGGCUCCUGCGUCAGAGAUCCGGAGUGUACGGAGUUGUGUAUGGAACGGCAGCUUUUACCUGAAGCUGCGGCACCCGCCGAGAAUGACACCUCCCGGACGGCGUCGUCAUCGCCACACACGGACAUCUCGCGCACUGAACCCGUGCCCGCGUCUCCGUCCACGGAAGCGACCAAGGCGACCUCUGAAUCUGACACCACGAGUGCUGAUACCGAGCCGCCUACUACUAAUACUACUUACUUAGAACGAAUCGACGAAACAACGUACGAAACAAGUCAGCGUGAGAAAUGGCUUGUACAAAAUCCCGAGGCUUACAAGCCGCCGCCGACGCGCAGCACCAAGUUGCCGCCGUCGACCGCCGCGCCCGCGCCACUCUCCACCGGCGCCGCCACGCCCGUCGUGCCCGUGGCUCCGAGGAUGGAGUUCGAUCCUAGUCGAGCCGAUUUUAAGCAGGCGGGCGAGUACGGCGACAAUGCGGUGGAGUACGCGGGCGUGGGCGACGACGCGGCCGCCAGCAAGACGGGCGGCAGCAGCCGGGCGCCGACGGCGGCGGACGCGACGCGCGACGCGACCAGCGCGCCCACGCGCUCGCGCCCGCCCAAGUCGACGCGCUUCGUGCCGCCCACCGCCGAGAACCAAGCAGCAGCCGCAGAGUUCUUCCCCCUUUCUUCUCCUCCUGUACCGGCGGCUGACAUCUUCGAGCGCAAAUUUACUUUGAAGGAAGAACCGGUCCACGAGGAGGAUAUCCUACGUGAAUCAGCUCAUGUACAAGUUGCUGCGCAAACGUCAGCUUGCACCAAAAGUCUAAAUAUUCUACAUUCACCUUUUUGUUUUAUACUUUUGUUGUUAAUAAAAACGAUUUACUAAUAUGGACAUUA